CUCUCUCCCACUUCAGAUCAUGUUCCGUCUCUCGACAAUUGGGACGGCAGGGCUUGCGCGGGUCACGGGCAUGGUGGCGGCGGCGACGUCGUGGAAAGUGGCUGGCGUGGCGGCGGCCCGGGGCAUGGCGGACUUGCCGUACUGGGACGACAGCUCGUCGCAACUGCCUGGGUGGGAGGAGGAGCAGUCGCGUGGUGGCGGUGGUGGGUAUGGAGGCGGCCGGAACGGCGGCGGCGCGGCGAGUGGUCGGGCUUACGGCGGAAGCGGCGGCGGCGAUGGGCAGCCUGUGCACAACGCGCGGUAUGCGCUGUACAAAGCGACCAAGAGCGAGAUGCGAGGGGCGGCUGUCCAGUUCUCGUACUCGUUCACGGCAAAGGCUAUGUUUGUCGAGGGUGCCAAGCAGGCCGGCGACAAGCUGAGCCCGGGCGCCUCGGGCCGGCAGUUUGACUGGGACAACAAGGUCGUCAUCAAGCUCUCGGUCACCGAACUCGGCAAGAUGCUUGCUGUCAUCGACGGCAAGGCGCCUGAGGCCUCGUUCUUCCACUCGAUCAUGCCGCGCGGUGACGGCGGCGGCAGCAGCGGUGGAAAGAUCCAGUCGAAGCUCGACUUUAAGGACAACGAGACCAACUACAUCCUCGGCAUUUCGCGGCGGACUGGCGACCAGCCGGCCCAGUCGCUCGGCCUGUACGUCGACAUCGGCGAGGCCCAGGUGCUGCGAGUCGUGCUUGAGGCUGCCAUCAAGGACGCGGCGGGUUUUGAGCCCGAUGCGACUGUACGGCAGAGCACAGGGCAGCGCGGGGCGGUGCCUACACAAAGUCGAUCGAGGCUUGCAUAAAUGCUGACCGCGAGA